GCUUAUGGCUCCCCUUGGCUCCCUCCUGGGAACUCACUUCCAUCGCCAGGUUCUUGCUGCUUUGAUCUACAUCUUGGACACCAUUUCUCUGGUGACUGCCUUUGCAAUCCUACCGCUCUCUGGCGCUGUGAUUGGCCUGUCCGUGGGAAUGUUAGUCUUCGGGUUUGCCUUUUUCUCGGAUUUUUCGGCUUGAUCACGUGGCUUGGCAAUAAAAUCAUGGCAGAUAUUGAAGCGAAAGAGGAAGAGAGAAGAGUGGCAGAGAAAGAAAAAGAGGCUGCAAAUAAGGGAUUCGAUAACGAAGCGUUCAAAGAUAGUACCGCUUUGUAG